AUGAGCCAUGUGGGUGCCCACUACUACGAAAAUAUAGCAUUAGAUGAAGAGGCUUACGCCAAAUACGUUUGUAAGAAUGCCAUCCAGUCCAUGCCCGAAAACCGCAAGAUUCCAGUUCUAGCAAUCCCUAGGUCUUCUUUCACUGCAUUUAGACUUACUUAUGCGUCUCCUGUGGAAAUAUCACAGAGCUCCAAGUCUGUUCUCCUCGGUGGAGUUCCCCACUUAUGGUACAUACAACACAAAAACAACUUUCUCAGGUCAAUGUAUCAAUUGGCAUACAAAAAUGUGACGAAAAAAGCACAACAGGCUGGGAAAUAUGCCAGUUUUACGCGGUACCGCUCUAGUCGAAAAUUUCGUCGCUCAGCUGGCAUUACACCACGAACCUUGCUUCCGAGAAAUGGACAAAAUCAGGACGGACAAGAUGUUACGGAAAUCAGACCAAAAGGUCUUCAGGGCGAAGUUUGUCUUGAAGAUUCACCUGCCAGUCCUUCGGGGUGGUGCUCGCCUACGAGCUACGGCAGAAACACGAUUUCCAGUGACGAUGAAGCGAACAGCGUGACCAUUGCGGAGGUCGAAGACCUGAAUAAAUCCUCUUCCUUUUCUUUUCAAGACAAUGAUAAUCACCAUUCCGAACAGCCGCAGCACGCACAGAAUUCUGAGCAAUCCCUGCGAUCCCAAAUUGUUUCUAGAAAUCCCGAAACCCACAGCGAUUCCUCAAUAUUUGAGCAUCAUACAAGAAAUGCCAACAUCCAAGAACGUCGCAAUAGUUGCAAGUACGCUCAACAGGUUUUGAGUAGAGACCUGCAAACUUUUGAUGACCGUAGAAAGCUCACACAGACCACAGAUCCGCAAAAUUCCUCACCAGGUACCCCUGUCGUUCGGAACAGUAUCUCUUCGGAAACAUUUUAUUCGGCUGAGGACGGUUAUAUUUCAGGUAGUCAAAGGUCAGAGAGCUCAAUACACGAAGAAUACGGCCUGCCAAGGCAAGGGUAUUUUCACGAAAGAGAAGAAAGGUACACGAACAGCGGACGUAACUCAACUCAAGAAGAUCACGAAUCAGCAUCAGGAAAUGGAACCAUUUCAGAAAGCUUUCCGGAGACGUUGAGCAGUGGUCCAAACAUGACACCCCGUAUCUACGAUGCCGAUGUUCCGCAAUUAAUCAAAUAUUCACCUGAUUCCGCUGUCGUGUCUUCUGUGAAGUUCGAAGAAAAGCCAAAACCGAAAGUUAUUCGGCAGUCGUUUGCCAACGAUGAAAGUUCUAGGCUUGAGCCUACUGAAUUUACGUAUGCAACUUCCAGCUUUCUCUCAGCAAGCUCGGAUGACGAGGAGUCUAUGGUGUUGCAUAACAACUAUCGCCCUAAUGUCAAAGGCAGGCUCAAGAGAUUGAGUCCACAGCCAUACGCUUUGGACGAACAACAAAAUCUUAACCUUCAAGCUCUUGACAACCAUCACAGGGCGCUGAAUGAGGUCAGAAGCUUUGUCACUAAAACUGGCAAAAAGAUUCACUUGGACAAACUAGAGAAGCUCCACUUUGACCUUUCCAAAGUCUUGGGCAGAGAUUCGAAGUUUUCACAAAGACUGUUCACUAAAUAUAGAGCAGGCGAGGUGGUGAAAAUGGAAAAGAUGCUUGUUUUCAUCAAAUCGUCAAAAUCUGCUCGUGGACCACUUUUGAACUUCUCAGAUGUUGAGCCAAUUGACACGAGAGUCGUUGAAAGAUGGAAAGAGUACAUCGUGGUAGCAAGAGCUACAGGAAUGCCCGACUCGCCACUUUACUUACAAUUUUACAGCGACAGCAAGAUACCACGGAUUGAAAACAGCCAUCGUGUUGAGUCAUACAAAGCGAAUUCGAUGGAUUUCAUGUUGGACUCAUCUUGUAUUGUAGAUUUCUACAAUACCCUGGAUAAAACAGUUCAUGUUAUAAAGUCUCCCCGCUCCUGCUUGGAAGGAGGGAGAGGAACCAACGGUGAAAAUCCCGAGGAUGUCGGAAAGUUGAAAAUUUACAUAUUGAGGUGUGGUUCUUUUGCUUCGGCUGAAAAGUGGCUGCUGUUUUUACGACGGUCAUUAGGGCGGUCCAAUGAGUCCGAAAUGAUUACCGUCAACGUUCCUGAGGCCAAGGUGUCUCUGGAGAUUCCUAUGUCAAAAAAGGUUCGUCGCAUAUUCGAGAGGAAAACCUACGCAGAGGAGGAACAACUUAAAGUAUUGAUGAUGCCAAGAGGCUAUAAGCCCCUGGGAUUUCCUCUAGCAAGAUACCUGGAGGUCGUUGUUUUAGAUAAGCUAUUAGAGUGUGGUUUUAAAGCAACAUCGUUGGGAUGGAUUCAAGCGAAUACAAUCACUGGGUUCUGUUGGAAACAUUACGACAGACUUGAGUGGUGUCCGGGAGAUCAGUAUGAUUCAAUUGUUGGCGGCGUCUCACUGCAAGGGUCCCAUUUGCUGGAAUAUCGAACUUUGACACAUUAUCCACGAAGUGUUAAAAAGACUCCGACAGAAACGUUGGUCGAGCCCCCAGCAAUAGAAGGGUUUUUGCUGAAGUGCACGGAUCGAUACGGCAGGGACAUAGAAAAAUUAGUCCACACUGCCUACUACCGGUCCUCAUAUUUUUUUACGUCAGACGGACUUUUGUUCUUCAUGAGUUCUUUCAAAGGAGCACCCCCUCUCCCAGAUGAAAUGAUAAGUAAAAACGGAGCAUGUGCCUACGAUAUUCAUCAAAUCAAGGCCAACAUAGACUCAGUUCCCAAAGUUUUUGAACACAACCCAUAUCCUUUGGACUUGAACAGUCAUAUUGAAUGGCUCAAUGCCAAUUUAACGCCAACAGAGUUUGAUGAAAAGGAUAGCGUUGCCUUCGCUGCAAUGUGGAGAAAAAUCGCUCUUAUUCUCAAAGCGGAAAAGAUCAUCGAUCUGACCGAAGUAGCUUCGGUCUGCAAACUCAGUGCCCAUCUAUCGAAGAAAAACAUUUCAAAAUACAAGUUAUUAACGAGGGCCAACAACUUUGUGUGGAAAGCUUCAAACACUCUCGAAGAAACUAUAAAAUCGACAAUCAUUCUAUCACUGAGGAACGGAUUGAGCGUGAAGCUCUUAGCUUCUUCGCCAGAGCUAGCGGAUGAGUGGGUAUCCAGGCUUGGCUCUUUGAGCAAGUAUUGGAAGUACAGGAAGGCGGAAGAUGUCAAAAAUAUGUGGUCGGCAAAAGUUGAGAACCUUCGAACUCUGAAAAUACCUGAGUCAGAAGAAUCUAAUAUUAGUCAAGUUACUCCUAAAUGGGUCACGGAUCGUGGCGUUGCAAAUGGAGAAGUGCAUAAUAUUAGUGCACAAGCGCUAACAAGACCGCUGAUGCAGAGCGGCGUACUAUAUCAAAAGAGACACAAGCACUCGAGUUUCAAAAAGUUCUUUGUUAUACUAGUCCCGGGCUUUCUCUUGCUUUACAGGUAUUUUAAAAGUGCGAAAAUGAACCAUUCUAAAACAGUGAUUGAUCACCGACACUAUCUAACGAUCCCGAUAGAAGAAUGUUAUGUCUACAGCGGAAAUCUAACUUCAUUGGAUUUGCUUCAGCGAGACAAGCAAUUCGAUCGCUUAAACUCUGGUAAUGAUUCUCUUCCUAGGGUAUAUCCAGACGGGUGGAGAUCGAGCGAGGAUGAAUCUACUAGGUGCUUCACACUUUGGUUUGGUACAAAGAGAGCGUUGUCGAAUUACAACUCUUUGUUUUCACAUUCACCAGAAAGCGAAGUUAUUGGGUCAGACUCUUCACAGUCAGUAGUAGAGUCUGCAUCAGCUGAAAUCAACGAGAGGUCUAAUUUAAAUUCAGCUGGUGAAGGUGAUCUUAGUAUGGAAGAGAACUUGCAAAGAAAAACAGGCUCAUUUCGUUUGGCAAGCAGGCUCGGCGUUGCCGGUAGCUCGUUGGUUUUCAUGGCGCGCUCUCGCCAAGAGAGAGACCAAUGGGCUUUAAAACUACAUUAUGAAUUAGGACGACUAAGGGCCUGCGAAGACGAUAUAUAA